AGUAGAGAGAGUAACAUGGACGACUUCAAAACAGCUCACCUGUGUCGUUCUCUGCAGAUGAGGUUUUGCACAUAUGUGAACGAAGCUUGAAGCAUGCAAAGGAUGCUGGACAGCAUGGAGAUUCUCAAUUCAUCCCACGCUAGCAACAUCAGUGUCAGCAAUGGCACUGGCCUCUUCUCUCGAAGCCCGUACACGACUUUGGAGAUAGCGCUCAUCAUUCUCGUUGCUGGAUCUCUGAGUCUGAUCACUGUCAUUGGAAACAUCCUGGUCAUGCUCUCUAUAAAGGUAAACAGGAACCUGCAGACCGUCAACAACUACUUCCUGUUCAGCCUGGCUUGCGCAGACCUGAUUAUUGGUGUCUGCUCCAUGAACCUCUACACCGUCUACAUUGUGAUUGGGUUCUGGCCCCUAGGAGCAGUGGUGUGUGACCUAUGGCUGGCUGUCGACUAUGUUGUGAGCAACGCCUCAGUCAUGAACUUGCUCAUCAUCAGUUUUGACCGUUACUUUUGUGUCACCAAACCGCUUAGCUACCCAGUGCGGCGCAGCACCAAAAUAGCAGGGCUGAUGAUUGCAGCAGCAUGGGUCUUGUCCUUCAUCCUGUGGGCUCCUGCGAUUUUGUUCUGGCAGUUCAUAGUUGGGGGAAGGACUGUGAAACCCAAUGAGUGCUACAUCCAGUUCUUCUCCAACCCAGCGGUGACCUUCGGGACGGCUAUCGCGGCUUUCUACCUACCUGUGGCCAUCAUGAUCUACCUUUACUGGCGCAUCUCCAAGGCCAGCCGCAGCCGCAUGAGGAAAGACAGCAGGAAGACCUCAGGCACUAGUCUGGGAGAAGCUCCUUCUAACAGCCAGGAGGAAGGAGGUGAGAACGCCACUGCAACAAAAAAGGUUCAGGAGGAGGCUGCAGAUGGCAAGGAGAAGGAAAUGCUCCAGCAGAAACAGCAACAGAACGGAAUCGGUCCGUGCAAGGAAGAACGAACCAACCAGGUGGACUCUACAUCGGAUAGCAUUCAGGCUUCGACAUCCAAGGAUGCUGAGAUUCCACCUUCGUCACGGAAAAACUCAAAUAUUGGGAAAAAUGAAGCCCAACCAUCUUCUCGGAAAAACUCCGCAGCUGACACUCAAAUGCUAGUCACGAAAACACUGUUUAAGGUAACAAUGCGCGCUAUGAGUGAAAACGCUGUGGCAAAGUGGAAAAAGAGGGGAAUUUCUUCCAGGGAGAAAAAGGUCACACGCACCAUCAUGGCCAUCCUGGUCGCAUUUGUCGUCACGUGGACGCCGUACAACGUGAUGGUGCUUAUCAACACAUUCUGCUCCAUCUGCAUCCCCAACUCGCUGUGGACCAUUGGCUACUGGCUGUGCUACAUCAACAGCACCAUCAACCCAGCCUGCUAUGCCCUCUGCAACGCCACCUUCAAGAACACCUUCAAGCAGCUGCUUCUGUGCCAGUACAAGAACAUACGCACCGCACGAUGAGCGGAGGGUGCAAAUGCUUUACUGUGUUUGUGGUGGAGUCUGAAUAAUGUGAUAAAUCUUUUAAAGAAUGAUUUCGAAAGUCGGAAACAUAGAUACAUAGAUAAAGUGUGGUCUUGUUGUGCAAUUACUUCAUGUUGUUUUUCGGUGGUAGAAUCCCCCCCAGCCCCCCUUCUUCCACUGAAAAUAAAACUGUGAUUUAACUCAUAAUCAUACUAUAAAGUCAAACUUUCAAAGACUUAAAUGGAACUAAUUUCAAUGAGCUUUAAUGACUUUCUGAAAAUACUUUUGAAAACCAGUCACUUGGAGUUUUAUUUCUUUGUUUAUUUCCUUUUUUGCUACUUCUACACAAACUUGUGCAGUUUGUUGUUUAAAAUGUGCUUGUUGUGAUGGUUUUGUGAAGGUAGUUUAAAAAGGAGGUGAUUGAAAAUUAUACCAUUAUGAGAGCAUUAGAGCUGAGCUCUCAAAAUGAAGCAUGUCUUUAUACUAAAUCCACAUGAGAAAAGACAAUUAGCAGCUGUGAAGUGAUGCGUGUCCUGUGUGUCGUGCUAAACUUACAUUUCACAUUAAUGGAACCUGUAAUCUGUGAUG